AUGACCAUGCAAGAACAAGAACGAGCCAUAUUGGAUGAUCUCCUGUACGUCUUCAUGGGCUACGAGGGACAGUACGUCCGAUUCCAUGAAAAGUAUAACCCUGCUGAAGAAAUGGAUCGACUUAAUGGACCGCCGUUCCACCCACUCCCAGGCCUGGACCCAAGCUUAAAAGAUUUGACCAAUUCUAUGCUCUCAAUGGCAACUCAUUACUGUGCAAUCGAGGCAUUCAUUGAGGUUCAGAGUCGAGAAGAAUUCGGCUCGGUCAACCAUGCUCUCUGUGCUGCUAUUCGAAAACUUUUGAAAGACUACCUCAUUCUAGUUGCGCAGUUAGAGACGAAGAUACUGAGUGACGCCGAAUUUACGUUACAUCAGAUGCAUAUAGCCAUCCUCCCGACAACACACAGUCUGGCACACCUUUAUUCACUGGCACAAGAAUUAUUGAAGAAGAACUCCCUGCUCGAGGUGGAGCUGGACGAUUCCAUCGACGAUUUUGAUCCGGAUAAUAUAAUCGAACGUCUCAAGGAGGGAGGCGAUCUUCUCCCCGGUAGCCUAAGCAAACAACGAUGCAUAGGAGGUAACGUUCUAGGGUUAUUAACGGCCCGCCUCUCCGCAUAUUCUGGCGAUCCUGCAGCAAGAGAGAUUCUUGAAAUGCUUUUACGAGAAUCUAGUCGUCCGUACAUGGUUAUGCUAAAUGAAUGGCUACAUCAUGGAGGUAUCAAAGAUCCACAUUCAGAAUUUUUGAUUGGCGAGAGAUCCAGCAUUAAGCGUGAGCGUCUCGACGAAGACUAUACCGAUGAAUAUUGGGACAAGCGAUACUACAUUCGAGAGAAGGAAGUUCCACCUCAACUUGAAGCAGUCAGAGAGAAGGUGCUCUUGGCUGGGAAAUAUCUCAAUGUUGUCCGUGAGUGCGGAGGCGUUGAUGUUGCCAGCAAGAUCGUUGACACUCCGGCGACAUUUGACGAUCCGCGGUUCCUGGACAAUGUCAACAAUGCCUACUCCUUUGCGAACAAAGAUUUGCUUCACCUACUACUCACGAAAAACUCGUUAAAGAGUAGACUUCGUUCGAUGAAGCAUUACUUCUUUCUGGACAAGGCAGAAUUCUUUCUGUAUUUCCUGGAAUUGAGUGAUUCGGAGCUUCGCAAGAAGUACCGCGAUGUCAACGUGGGGAAAUUGCAAUCUCUGUUUGACCUAGUCUUGCAUCAACCCGGAAGCAUUGCGGUGGGUGACCCUUUCAAAGAGGAUGUCAAGGUUAAGAUGAACUCUGUGGGACUCACGCAGUGGCUGGUCAAGGUUGUCAAUGUCCAAGGUAUUGAUGAGAACAAUCCAGAGUCGAUGAUGGACCAAUAUAAAACUCCGGCUCCGGCCCCGGCUCCGGCCCAGGACAAACCGAAAAAGGAAAAGAAGGAAGACGAAGAAAAAGAGAUCAUUGGGCACGAAGCAUUGGAACUUGAUUAUACUGUCCCAUUUCCCUUAUCGCUCAUCAUCAGCAGGAAGACAGUGGUACGAUAUCAAAUCAUAUUCAGAUACACGUUGGCACUCCGCCACCUCGAGACGCUUCUGGUGGGUUGCUGGUCGACACACAGCAAAGACCGGGCCUGGAUACACAAAUCGCAGGACCGAAGAUUCGAGCUCUGGAAGCGGCGAGUAUGGACAUUGCGGUCACGGAUGUUGGUCUUCGUGCAACAGAUGCUUUUUUUCGCCACGGCCGAGGUUCUCGAACCCAACUGGCAGAAACUCAUGGUCAAAGUCGACGACGCAGAGCGUGAUGACGCCGAAGCUACAAAGCCCGGACUCAACCCCAAGACCAAACCGACCGUGGAUGAACUGAUGCAGGACCAUGUCGACAUGCUCGACACGUGUAUGAAGGACAUGGGGCUCACCCAAGCGAAGCUACUACGCCUUCACGCCAAAUUGAUGACAGGAUGCGGGAUGUUCGCUGCGUACGUCGAGCACAUCACCAAGACUCUCUACGAAGCAGACCCCAGCAUCCAGCUAGCUGCCAGCAACAAGGGUAGACCCGCCGUUCACGUUCCCGCCGCGACAGACCCAGCCCGAAUGAAACGGCUAGAGGAAUCAAUCCGGAAAUACGAAGAGCACUUCAACCGGCAUCUGAAGAUUCUCAUCGACGCGCUCAAUUGGUUCGCCACGACGGAAACCGUGUCUUUGCUCAGUCUUUGCGGACGGCUGACGAAUGCAGAGGUCCAGAAGCGUGAUGACUUGUUCAUGUAA